AUGGACAUAGAUUUAAUUGAAAAAUAUAAUAAGAUUAAAGAUAUUUUCGAAAGUGGAUUCAUCACUGAACAUGAGUUUACGAAUAGAAAAAAAGAGUUAUUGGGAGAUCAGUUGGAGUCAUUCGAAAAGAAUUAUAAAAAUGUGAGUGGUAACAACAGCGAUGAGAAUAACAUUCCAGUUUUCGAUUACAGCAGCAAUGCUGGUGGUAAUAGUGAUUCAUUCAAUAACAAUAAUUAUAGUUAUAAUGAAAACAAUUAUAAUAGCUAUAAUGAUAGUAGUAAUUACAACAACCAAUAUAAUAAUUAUUCAACAGCAACAUCUUAUGACUACAAUAGUACCAACAGCAACAAUGAUUAUAAUUCAAAUAAUUACGAUUCAUCAAAUAAUUAUAAUUCAUCAUAUGAUUACAAUAGUGUUACACCAGUUAAAUACACUUCCAAUAAUUUGUUUGGUGAUGACGAAACUGAAGUAGUGUAUCCUAUUAAAGUUGAGAAAAAAGUGAACAAUCUUUUUGAUGAUGAUGAUGAUGAAUCACCUGCCAUCGUCGAGAAGUCACAACCAGCAAAGUAUGCCAAGUCAGCUUUUUCUUUGUUUGAUAAUGAUAGUGAUGAAGAGUCACUUCCAGCUCCAAUCCCAGUUACUCCAGCACCACCAGUUCCAAAGAUUUCACGUGUUAUUCAAGAUAGAUUAACUGAGAAAUCCAAAGCCAAAGUUGAAAUUACCUAUCCUCACCAAGUUAAAGGUUCAUAUAAGAUGUACAAAGAACCAAUUGAUGGUGUUAUUGCAUAUUAUAGAACAAAGGAAUUCUUAUAUCAAUCGAAAUUAACUAGUUUGGAUAACCUAUCUCAGUUGGAUAUGGAAAUCAGUUCAAAAUUCUUUUCAAAGUAUUCAUUGCAAGAGAUCGUAUUGCAACACCACGAGCCAGGCGAUAACAAUUGGUUAACAGACUCUAACAGUUGUAAAUAUGUGUUUGGUGGAAAGAUCUACAAUAUUUUCGAUAAAAAUAUUAAGCCCGGUCACUAUAAAAUCGUUCCAGAUUCAUUCCUUAUGUAUAGAAGAAAUGGUCCAAAGAUUUUUGGUGAAUUCGAAUAUGGUUACUCGAAAGAUUUCCCAAUGCCUCCACAACAUUUCAUUACUCAUAGACCGUUUAGUCAUGAUACCUACCUUGGAUUGUCACAACCUAAUUUUGUACUUAAAUCCAUUGCCAACUAUGACAAUUUAAAUCAAUUCAACAAGAAAUUAUUGUUUAUAAAUCAUUUAAGAAUGCUUCAAUUUAAAGGAUGUAAUAUGUUUAAUGCUGAUAGAAUUAACUUACCGACAGAGUCAGUCAAACUCUCUCAACUUAUCAAGAAUUGUAUAGAUAAGAAAGAAUGUUUCUUUUGUAAAUCAUCUACCUAUAGUGAAUUCCUUUGUUAUCAACAUUUUGAUGAUAAACUUUUGGAGAAAUAUUAUGCAGUUCAAAAGGAAAUGGUUCCUUCAAAUAGCGAUGAGGUUGAUGCAGAGAUUAAAUCCGAUGAUGUUAGAGAUUAUAGUAAAGAACCAAAGUUUUGUUAUGCACUUCCAGAGGAUUUAUUCGGUUCGAAAGCUUUUAGAAUGAAUAACAAAUAUUUGUAG